UGAAAAUAAUAUACUUUAUGAGGUUAAUCAAUAUUUAGAUGAACAAAUUGCAACUAAAACUACAAAUGUUCUUGAAUGGUGGAAACUUAAUAAAGACCACUUUCCAACUUUGUCAACCAUGGCUCAAGACUUUCUCAUAAUACCAUCUACCAGCAUGGCAUCUGAACAAAUGUUUAGCUAUGCAGGGUGUAUCAUUGAUAAUAUUUAUACUUUAUUAGAUCCAGACACAAUAAUGGCAUUAAUGUGCUAG